AUGCAGACCUUCCAUCAUCAAGACACAGGUUCAGAAGACUUUCGACAGAACACAAUGGACGAAAAGUGGGCCGACGACGACGAGUUUUCUACUCCCCAGAUCACACAGAACGCCGAUGGCACCAAGACCAUCGUGACUCAUCGAAUGGAUGAUGGCAAGAAGUACAAGCGGUCCGUCACCAUCAAGAACCAGAGCGUGACAGAGAAGGUGCUCAACUGUGUUGCUGAGCGAUCCAAAUGGACCAAGUACGGCAAGGAGCUUGGAGCUCCUCCUGGUCCCAACCGAAUGACCACCACCAUUGGAGAAGAUAUCGUCUUUGUGCUUGGCCUUAAGUCUGAUCAGCCCGAGGAGGAGGUUGAGGAGGAGGAGGCAGCUGCUGCCGCCCCUCGUGUCGGAGAGGACAAGGGAGUCAAGUGUCGACUUUGUCAGGGCCCCCAUUUCACCUCGAAGUGUCCUUACAAGGAGACUCUUGGUGGAUCCACAGCUGCCGGAGGCAUGGGUCGAUCUCUUGGUGGAGACGAGCCUGCUGGCGCUGCGAAGACUGGAGGCUACGUUCCCCCUCAUCUUCGAAACAAGGGUCCUGGUGGUCCUGGUGGUCCUGGCGGUGCUGCUGGUGGCCGAAGCGACGACGACGACGAGCUCACUCUCCGAGUUACCAACCUGUCGGAGGAGGCCACAGACGACGAUCUGCGACGAAUGUUCGGCAAGUACGGUAUGAUCAACCGAGUCUACGUUGCCAAGGACCGAGAUACCGGCCGACCCCGAGGCUUUGCCUUUGUUACCUACACACUCAAGUCACACGCUCAGGCUGCUCUCGAGGCCAUGGAUGGUCAUGGUUUCGACAACCUGAUUAUGAAGGUCGACUACUCCAAGAAGAGAAACUAG